CUCACUUUCGGUUCCAGCUUAGUUUGACACAAUCAACGCAAGAAAGCACUUGACUGUCAAAGUUGAACAAAACCCAUUUUGAACAUGGAAGAAGGAAGGAUUCUUUGACAGCAUUGACUAGUAAGAGACAGACAAAUAUACCAUCAUGUGAGGCAUGUAUUAUACCCUUAUAAGUUAUUAAGGGAUGAGCUAACUCUGUGUACAUGUGGUAAGUUCGAAUUUUACUUACCAGAGAUACUUUUCCUUCUCUACCACUUUCAGUUCCUUUUGACUCUGGUUAAAGCAACCAAAACCCUUCUCUGAUUGAGGGCUAAAGUACUAACUAGUGAGUUAAAGUAAGGCCUACACUGAAGAAGCAAGCAUGGAAGAGAGCAUCGGAUAAUUGCAACUUUAAUCAUCAAAGUGAGAGAGGAAAGAGACUCCUAAUCUUUGAGUAUAAACCAGCCAAGCCAAACUUGUAAACCAAGGAAUAUAGCAAACUCAAGCAAGAAAAUUUAAAAAGGAAGUCUAGCUGUAGUACCUUUGAUAGACAUGCUGCAUGCCAUCUAGUUCGAAGACUGAAGAGAAGGGUCUUUUGGUCCUUUCACUCCUUUGUGGAUCCACUGAAAGGAAGGCGCUUUCAUACUCAUGUAAGGUUGAAAGGACUCCCUGGCUGCCUCUCAUGCAAAUUCUACUUGCAUUGCAAUUCUGUUUUGUGAUGUGGACUCACCCUCCACCUCGCAGAGCCCACGGCUGAUUGCGAUUAAAAAUAUAACUUUCAGAAAACACUUCUUUUUUUUUUUUUUUAAUAAAGGACAUGCCAGGCAGAUCCUUCAAUGGGUUGGAAUCUUCUCUAUUUGCUGCACUGGUUCCAUUUCCGUUGGCAGCUUUGAAGCAGAGCAGACGAUUAUUCUGCGCACAAGGCAAAGUCCUGAUGGAAUGAGUAUAUCGGUAAAAAAAUAAACAUGAAAUGAACAGAAUGUAAGGUAACAAUAUCAACCACAUCAACAGCAAUAUGGGGAAGAUGUAUUAAUAUUAUACGACGGGAGAGCAAAAUACGUAGGUUGAAUCAUUUACGUAAGCGUGUACACCAGUAAAAAGAAGUUAAACGGGAAGCUGAUAUUUCUACACGUAGGGAGAGAACUUUUCAGGUAGUAACAUGAUGAGAACAAAAGAGGGAAGUGGAUAUGUUGGUUUAGUUUAGGCAAAAUGACAAACUGUGAUUUGAACAGCAACCAGGCUUUUUGGCGUAGCAAUCCAUCCCCUGCAUCUGUACAUUACUUGCAAGUUUAUACCAUUUACGCACUGCACCGUUAAAACAAGGUAUAAUUUCACUUGUACUGCUUUUAUUUUCAAAUUUGUGAUUGUAAGAACUAUAGCAUUACACGUACAGUGAGAGUGGCUGCUUUCUAACAUUCGUUAGAGAACAGAAACUGACUAUACUGACAUGUCGCAGCUUAGAAAAAUCUCACUCCUUUCUUCCUUCAUUCCCCACCUUAUUAAUAAAGCCUACCCAUGCUUCACACACUCACUUAAUUUUGCUCUGUCCCUCUCCCUCUCUUCCUACAUCUCUCUCCAACUGAAAGCAAAGAGAGAGAGAUCCCACCAUUACGAGCAAGCAACAACAGAAACCAAUACUAGCCAAAACCAAAUAAAAAGAUGGAUGCAGCAGAGAAAUUGCAUGAGUAUCCGACAAUGCCAGAGGUGGCAGAGGAACUGAAAAGAAUGACAGAUAUAGGUCUCCCCAUAGCAGCCAUGAGCUUGCUGAGCUAUCUCAAGAACAUGAUCUUAGUUGUGUGCAUGGGAAGGCUUGGAAGUCUCGAGCUAGCUGGUGGUGCCUUAGCCAUCGGCUUCACCAACAUCACAGGCUACUCGGUCCUUUCGGGCUUGGCGACAGGGAUGGAGCCACUAUGCAGCCAAGCCUUUGGUUCCAAGAACUCAUCUGUUGCGAUUCUCACUCUACGGAGGACAAUUCUUAUGCUACUUUUCGCCUCAAUACCUAUCGGUUUGCUAUGGAUCAACCUUCAACCCUUAAUGCUCGCCCUCCAUCAAGAUCCUGAUGUAAUCAAAGUCGCAAGCUUGUAUUGCCGAUUCUCCAUCCCUGAUCUCGUUGCUAAUAGCCUUUUACAUCCUAUACGUAUAUAUCUACGAAGCAAAGGAACCACAUGGCCAUUGAUGUGGUGCACGUUAAUCUCCAUUCUCCUACACGUCCCUAUCGCCAUAGUCCUAGCAUUCACGCUGAAACUCGAGCUAGCUGGACUAGCAAUCUCCACCUUCAUUACCAACUUCAACGCUAUAUUGUUGCUGUUAUGCUAUAUGUAUUUUACCAGUCAGCCCAUAGAGUCUUCUCCACUCGAGGACGAGCAACUUUUGGUUCACCCACCACCAAAAGCAUCACUUACUUGUUCACUAAGCAAUGAGUGGGGGGUUCUACUUAGACUCGCCAUACCGAGUUGCAUAGCUGUUUGUUUAGAGUGGUGGUGGUAUGAGUUCAUGACGAUCCUAGCUGGCUACUUAAGUAAACCUCGAGUUGCUCUUGCAACCUCGGCUAUAGUAAUACAGACCACAUCUCUUAUGUACACUCUGCCUACUUCACUGAGUGCUUCGGCUUCUACCCGGGUGGGGAAUGAGCUCGGAGCAGGGAGGCCUGAGAGAGCAAGAUUAGCUGCUGUAGUUGCUAUAGGAGUUGCUCUAUUGAGUUCGUUAUUUGGCUUGUUGGGAACCACACUUGGGAGAGAAGCGUGGGGAAGGGUCUUUACAGAGGACAAAGAGGUCCUAGAAUUGACCAUGAUUGUCCUACCUAUAAUUGGGGUAUGCGAGCUAGCUAACUGUCCACAAACAACAAGUUGUGGGAUCUUACGGGGAAGUGCUAGGCCUGGCAUUGGAGCAGGGAUCAACUUCUACUCGUUUUACUUGGUGGGUGCACCGGUGGCCGUUGUCUUGGCCUUCGUUUGGAAACUUGGGUUUGUGGGUCUUUGCUAUGGUCUUUUAGCAGCUCAAGUUGCAUGUGUGGUCUCAAUUUUAGUAGUAGUGUACAAGACAGAUUGGGAAAGAGAGGCAAUGAAGGCCAAAGACAUGGUGGGCAAGAGUGACAACACACUGGCACAUGAAGAACAAACAUUUCUUAAAUGUGAAGAAGGUGUUGGGUUCCUCGUUAAAGAAGUUGAGUAUGAAAAGUGAGGAGAGGCCAUAUUUCGUCACAAAGAAAACAGAGGAAUACGACAUUGUUGGAAAAAGUUCAAGCUCUAUUUUCAAUCCGGUUGUUGAUUAUUGCAUUGUAAAUGAAUCCAGCUCCUCCUCGUUUCUGCAGUUUUGUCCAUCGUGUUAUAAUUCUCCUAAUACUACUGUUGAUCUCAAUCCACACAAUGCUAAGAGUUACAAAAGGUGAAAAUGCAGAAAAUUGGCAAGCUACUUGAGACAGGAUUGACACUAGUUAUUCUAUAACACAAACAACACUACAGGAUCAGUCAUGGACCAGAACAUGUUUGUGGGAAAUGAACAUGCAGGCAUAAGUGCAAACCGAACCACAUGGCAUCAAUGCCUAACAAAAAUCUUUUAUGAACACAAUCUAGCUUCACUAAAAUUUAUCAUACACGUGCAAGUUUUCGAACAGCUAGUAAGGGCAUAUGCAGUAUAUUUUGUUGGAAGAAGAAGAGAACUAAAACAAGGCAAAAGAACAUGUGCCAUGCACAUGCAAAUGACAUUUCACUAUCCAUAUCAGAAUUAGUACUGCUACUACGAAUAUCACUGUCCAAGUCUCCAACUGCUGCACUGAAAGAUAAAAAGAACUCUUAAAGUUACUCUUUCAGCAAUCAUAUCCCCUCACGUUGUUCAUUUGGCCUGCUUUCCCUCGUACGAUACAGCUAGCUGCCCUAGUGAAACAUAGUCAGCCGAGUCACUAGACAACACAGAUACUUCUACCAAACUUCAUUUAAGACUUUCUGUCCUUCACUAUGACCUGUUUUUCAAACAGAAAGGCCUCUAGAGGCUCCAAUUCUGAGACUAUUCGUUUAUGGACUGAUCAAACAAGAACCACCUAAUAAAUCGAUGUUGAACUUGACCUGAAGGGAGUAUCCCCUCCAUCUGGCAACCAGUAUUGCCAACAUUGAAAAUAUUUUGUAGCCUGUUCCUUCCUAUAUCAACAUUGGUCACGGACAGAUUUGGUUCUCUCAUGAAUAUCCCUACGUUUGAAUAUCAAAGAUACCAACAAACGUCAGCCAACCCAUAUGAGAAAGCUUGAUGCUCACCCCCAUCAAUUUGUUGGCCCCAAAACCAAACAACACGUUUUGUUUCCUAUUCUAACCAAACCCCGAUUCUGGCUCUUCUAAGUUCUCUAUUUUUGCCUAUAAGGUGAAUGUUUCACAUGUUAUUUGGCCCAACCACUCCUCCCGACUAGUAGCCACUACAGCCAGAUCUUUCACCCAAAGAGAGAAGUACAAGAGUGAAUCGAGUCCAAGGAAAAUAGCUAAUAAAGUCUCAUUCAGACAUUUCGUCGAAUAGUUGGAAGUUUUAGCUACUGCUGCUCGUAACCAGACAAAAAAAGAGAGAGAUCGGACGCGACAUGGUCAAACCACUGCUCGAUAGUGCAAAAACAGAGGAGCUAAGACUUUUUGACGAUUCCAAUCGAACAGUCGGUUCAUUCAUGUUCAAACAGCGGAACGGGAGACAAAGAAUAUAUUAGUACAGGAUCGAUCAGACACAGAACAGAACGCAAGUAGCAGUAAAGUAAAGCGUUUAGACUACUGACCGUAUUCCGGUGCUCUGAUCCCCUUCCUUAGGCGUCCGAUCAGUGAGAAUCGCCGCCGCCGGCGACGGUUGACGAACAGGUGACGACUCCGAUUCUCGCUGAUGUUCAUUCCGAAAGCGUGAUCGGUGGCGCAUAUUCUUCGAUCGACGUCGAAAUCAAAAGGGAAAAUCGUCUAGGAGCCGGAACGGAGUUCCUUAGUUUGUUAUGGCCUCCGCGCGCCAUCGGCGAAAUGUGAAGCGGCGGAGAGAACCUCCGCGCGGGAAGUUUUGGGCAUUAGCCUACGUGCAGCGCAGCAAAUAUUGCUUUUCAAUUUGACUUUCAAGUUUUUACUGAUAGGUUAGAUGUUAAUGAGCCGAGGUAUGUCGAGUUUUGUCUUGUUCGGAUUAAUUAGCCGAGUUUAAGUUUAA